AUGGUAGGAGGGGUGCCCUCUCGGGGGGCGUCGGCUCAGCAGCAGGAGGGACCGCAGCAGCAGCAGCAGCAGCAGCAGCAGCAACAGCCGCCGCAGCAGCAGCAGCAGCCCCAGCAGCAGCUGCUGGAGCAGCAGCAGCAGCGACCUCAGCGGCAGCAACCGCAGCACCAAGUGCAGCAGCGGCAGCAGCAGCAGCGGCCGCAGCAGCAGCAGCGGCCGCAGCAGCAGCAGCGGCAUCAGCAGCAGCAGCGGCAGCAGCAGUGUCCGCAGCGGCAGCAACAGCAGCAGCAGCGGCAGCAGGGGCAACAACAACAGCAGCAGCGGCAGCAGGGGCAGCAACAGCAGCAGCAGGGGCAGCAGGAGCAGCAACCGCAGCAGCAGAUGCGGCGGCGGCGGCGGCGACAGCAGCAGCAGCUGCAGCAACAGCAGCAGGGGCAGCAGAGAGAAGAGAAGGAGCCUGUCAGAGCAGAGGUGCAGCAGCAGCAACUGCAGCAGCAGCAACUGCUGCCGCAGCAGCAGCAGCAGCACGGAGUGGAUCUGCAACAACUGCUGCAGCAGGAAGUGCCGCCGCAGGAUCAGUUGCUGCAGCAGCAGCAGCAGCAGCAGCCCCAGCAGCAGCUGCAGCAGCAGAAAGAGCUGCAGCAGCAACAGCAGCAGCAGGAAGAGUUGCCGCAGCAGCAGCAGCAGCAGCAGGAAGACUUGCCGCAGCAGCAGCAGCAGGAAGACUUGCCGCAGCAGCAGCAGCAGCAGCAGGAAGACUUGCCGCAGCAGCAGCAGCAGCUCGAGCUGCCGCAGCAGCAGGAGCAGCAGGAGCAGGAAGACUUGCUGCCGCAGCAGCAGCAGGAGCAGGAAGACUUGCUGCCGCAGGAAGACUUGCCGCAGCAGCAGCAGCAGCAGCAGGAAGACUUGCCGCAGCAGCAGCAGCAGCAGCGCGAGCUGCCGCAGCAGCAGCAGCAGCAGGAGCAGGAAGACUUGCCGCAGCAGCAGGAGCAGGAAGACUUGCUGCCGCCGCAGCAGCAGCAGCAGCGCGAGCUGCCGCAGCAGCAGCAGCAGCAGGAGCAGGAAGACUUGCUGCCGCAGCAGCAGCAGCAGGAAGACUUGCCGCAGCAGCAACAGCAGGACCUGCAGCAGCUGCAGCAGCAGGAAGAGCUGCAACAGCAACAGCAGCAGCAGGAAGACUUGCCGCAGCAGCAACAGCAGCAGCAGGAAGACUUGCCGCAGCAGCUGCAGCAGCAGCACGAGCUGCCGCAGCAGCAGCAGCAGCAGCAGGAAGACUUGCCGCAGCAGCAGGAGCAGGAAGACUUGCCGCAGCAGCAGCAGCAGCAGCGCGAGCUGCCGCAGCAGCUGCGGCAGCUGCUGCACUUGACCGAGGCACCGCAGCAGCUGCUGCAGGUGUUGGAUAUGAUAGAGCCGGUUAUACCGAAGCCGCUGCUGCUGCAGCAGCAGCGCAUGCAGCAGCAACCGCGGCAGCAGCAACGACGGCAGCUGCAGCAGCUGCUGCAGAUGCCGCAGCCGAGGCAACUGCAGCAGCUGUAUGUGCUGCUGCAGCGAGAUGUGGCGCAGCAAGAAGAGCAGCGGGAAGAGGACAGGACUCUGUCGCUGGCAGCGAGAUGUGGCGCAGCAAGAAGAGCAGCGGGAAGAGGACAGGACUCUGUCGCUGCAGGUGCUGCUGCAGCAGCAGCAGCAGCAGCAGCAGCAGCAGCAGCAGCAGCAGCAGCAGCAGCAGCAGCAGCAGCAGCAGGAGCAGCAGCAGGAGCAGCAGGAGGAUGA